AUGAAAUUCCCAAUCGCCAAUUCGCUUGCCAUCCUUGCUGCUGUCUCCAAGGUUUCAGCAUGGGGCCUAACCAUUUACAACAACGUUGAUAAUUGCGACGUGAACGAUGAAACCGAGUAUAAAAUCCUUGAAGGCAACCAAGGCGACUGUUAUACCUUCGGUUCAAGGAUGCCCGGCGUAAGCUGCGGCCACUACAUCCGAGGCGGUGUCGAGAACAAGGGCUGCUCCGGAAUGUUCAAGGCUACAUCGGUUUGGACGAAAGAAAACUCCAAUUGCAAGUUCUAUGCAUACACCGACUGCAGAGACUACGGCACCCAGAGGGAGAAUGGAGAGUGUCUUAACACAAGAGAGUUGCUUGUCUUCAACCCUGAUGUUGAUUCAUGGGAAUACAUUGCGUCUUUUAGAUGCCAAAACACUGAGUAA